AUGGUCAACACAUCGCUGAAGCGCAGGCGGACGGAGGCGGAGAUGCGCAAGGGGCAGCCGAAGAAGGAGAAGAAAAAGGUCAAGCGCCAGAAGUACUACCACAGUUCGGACGACGAGUCUGGCAAUGAGAACGCCGCGACCGAUGCGCCGAAGAACUACAAGGCGCCGCGGGAGGACGAGGUGGAGGAACCGUUCGAACCGUCUGGUGCCAACGCCGUGGAGCCCAAGCCCAAGCCGCUGAAGUCAGCACUCAAGCCGCAGCCCAAGCACAAGGCGACCAUUGCCGCCAAGGUUGCGCCCGUCGACCCAGCACACGACGCCUCGCCGAGUGAGGACGACCUGGCCGCGGAGGAUGACGACGAGGAGGAAGAGGAGGAGGAGGAGGAGGAGGAGGAGGAGGAGGGGUCCGAGAUGGAAGUCGAGGCCGACGAGUUUGAUAUUGAAGACUCGGACUCGGACGUCUCGGAAACAUCGACAGCGGUUGCACGCAAAGUGAAGAAGCGCAACGACCCAGACGCAUUUGCGACGUCCAUCUCGCGCAUCCUCAACACCAAGCUGACGACGACAAAACGGUCCGAGCCCAUUCUCGCCCGGUCCAAGGACGCGCAGACGGCCAACAAGGAGCUCGCCGACAGCAAGCUGAACGAGAAGGCGCGGCGACAGAUCCUAGCCGAGAAGCGAGCGGCGCGCGAAAAGGGACGCGUCAAGGACGUGCUGGGCCUGCACGACACCGACGUCAGCACGGCCGAGGUGACGGCCAAGGAGAAGGAGCUCCGGCGGACGGCGCAGAAGGGCGUCAUCAAGCUGUUCAACGCGGUGCGUGCGGCGCAGGUCAAGGGCGAGAUGGCGGAGCAGCUGGCCAAGGACCAGAAUGUGGUGGGCAUGGCGAAGCGCGAGGAGAAGGUCAAGGAGAUGAGCAAGCAGGGCUUUCUGGACAUGAUCACGGGCGGGUCCAAGGCGAGAGAGGGGUCUGUUGAGGCGUAG